CUCUCCACCUGUAUAUCUCUCCUCCGUCAAAAUGGACAGACCCAAUCUCAACACUUCUCUCCAACACUCCCCAUUACACUGAACACAACAUCAAACCCAAAAUGGCACUGCUCUCACUUCAACCCUCUCGUUGCUUCACGCCUUGGAGACAGAGUAAUGAGUUUAAAACGACAGUGCCUAAGCAGUCGUUUUCGCCGGGGUUUUGGGGAUCGCCGGAGUUUGGUACGCGCCGGUUGAGGGUGGUGGUGGUGGGUGGUGGGAAGCAUAGGAGCUUGGCGGUGGUGAGUGCGGAGGGGAGUGUGGUGGACAGUGUUGGUGACGAGCAGGUUGCAGAGGCGGCACAAAUGGUUCAGGAGCGCGAUUUUACUGGGACUCCUUAUGUUCCUAUAUACGUGAUGCUACCGUUGGGUGUCAUCAAUAUGAACAGUGAGGUAGUUGAGCCAGAAGUCCUGAUGGAUCAACUAAGAGAGUUGAAGUCUGUUGGGGUUGAUGGUGUUAUGGUUGAUUGCUGGUGGGGGAUAGUUGAGGUGCAUAAUCCACAGGUGUAUAAUUGGAGUGGCUACAAGAAGCUCUUCCAGAUUGUGCGUGAUCUGAAUCUUAAGUUACAGGUUGUAAUGUCAUUUCAUGAAUGCGGAGGCAAUGUUGGGGAUGAUGUACAUAUCCCACUUCCUCACUGGGUGACAGAAAUUGGUCAAAAGAAUCCUGAUAUAUAUUUUACCAAUAGAGAAGGGCGACGGAACGUGGAAUGCCUAUCAUGGGGAAUUGAUAAGGAGCGUGUCUUAAGAGGCCGGACUGCUGUUGAGGUUUACUUCGAUUACAUGAGAAUCUUCAGGGUCGAAUUUGAUGAAUUUUUUGCAGAAGGAAUAAUCUCAGAGAUUGAAGUUGGGUUAGGUCCUUGCGGAGAGUUAAGGUAUCCUUCUUAUCCAGCACAGCAUGGUUGGAAGUAUCCUGGUAUUGGUGAAUUUCAGUGUUAUGAUCGGUACUUGAUGGAAAGUCUGAGAAAGGCUGCAGAAGCAAGGGGGCACUCUUUCUGGGCCAGAGCGCCGGAUAAUGCAGGUUCUUACAAUUCCCAACCACAAGACACAGGGUUUUUCCGUGAUGGAGGUGAUUAUGAUAGCUACUACGGCAGAUUCUUCCUAAAUUGGUAUUCCCAUGUGUUAGUGGAUCAUGGUGACCGUGUACUUUCUCUGGCCAAUUUAGCUUUUGAAGGCACUUGCAUUGCUGCAAAGCUAUCAGGUAUUCAUUGGUGGUACAAGACUGCCAGCCAUGCUGCCGAAUUAACUGCUGGAUUUUACAAUCCAUGCAAUCGUGAUGGGUAUGCUGCAAUUGCAGCAAUGUUUAAAAAGCAUGCAGCUGCCUUGAAUUUCACGUGUGUUGAGUUGCGGACACUAAACCAGCAGGAGGACUUUCCAGAAGCAAUGGCAGAUCCUGAGGGACUAGUUUGGCAGGUGCUGAACGCUGCAUGGGAUGCUAACAUUCCAGUUGCUAGUGAGAAUGCUCUUAAUUGCCAUGAUAGAGAAGGCUACAACAAGAUAUUGGAAAAUGCUAAACCCUUGAAUGAUCCAGAUGGUAGGCAUUUGUCAGCAUUUACCUACCUGAGGUUAAGCACAGUUCUCCUGGAGAGGCAUAACUUCAUGGAAUUUGAACGAUUUGUCAAGAAAAUGCAUGGAGAAGCUGCUCCGGAUCAGUUGAACUCAAACGAAGAGCACACCGAAGACUCAUCUGCAAAUCUACAGUAGUAUAGUACUGAAAUACAGGAAUAAAUGAGUGUAGAGCAUUAUACAGGUCCGGUCACCAGCUG